CGCUACUUCCAAUAAUAUCCCCCAACCUCGUCGGUUUCUCCGAAGCUCUCGUUCUCUAUAUGAGCCCUAGGUCUCAGAGCGCAGAUACAAACGAGCUCGAAGAGAGAUCGAUUUGAAUAUUUAAUCUCUCAGGUUCAUGCAUAAUUUUGAGAAUGGUUGAUAGCAAUGCAUCACCUGGAUCACCUGAAGAAACCCAAAACCCUAUUCCUGAUGGGAAUGAACCUGAGCAUGACCUCCCUCUUGAUGCUAUAACUCGAAAGGUUCAAGAAUCACUCUCUCUUGGAAAGAGACAUAAGUUUUGGGAAACUCAACCUGUUGGGCAAUUCAAGGAUCUGGGGGACACCAGUUUGCCCGAGGGCCCCAUUGAACCCCCAACCCCCUUAUCCGAAGUCAAACAAGAACCUUACAACCUACCCAACCCCUAUGAGUGGAUUACUUGUGAUAUCGAUUCAGAUGAGAUGUGCGAUGAGGUUUAUAACCUCCUCACUCAUAACUAUGUUGAGGACGACGAGAACAUGUUCCGAUUCAACUAUUCAAAGGAGUUUCUUCGCUGGGCUUUACGUCCUCCAGGUUAUUAUAGGAGUUGGCACAUAGGUGUCCGUGCCAAAAGUUCGAAGAAGUUGGUUGCCUUCAUUACUGGCAUUCCUGCUAGAAUCCGUGCCCGUGACAAUGUAGUAACCAUGGCAGAAAUUAAUUUCCUUUGUGUUCAUAAAAAGCUCAGAUCAAAGAGACUUGCUCCUGUCAUGAUCAAAGAGGUUACCAGGAGAGUUCACUUGGAGAAUAUCUGGCAAGCAGCCUAUACUGCAGGGGUGGUUCUUCCAACACCAAUUUCAACUUGCCAAUAUUGGCAUAGAUCCUUGAACCCAAAGAAGCUGAUUGAUGUUGGGUUUUCUAGACUUGGUGCGAGGAUGACAAUGAGUCGAACGAUAAAGCUUUACAAGUUGCCAGAGUCAACAGUCACUCCAGGUUUCAGAAAGAUGGAGAUACAUGAUAUUCCUGCAGUUACACGGCUGCUUAGGACUUAUUUAAACCAGUUUGUUGUUGCGCCAGAUUUUGAUGAAAAUGAUGUGGAGCAUUGGCUUCUUCCAAAGGAGAAUGUCGUGGAUAGUUAUCUGGUUGAAAGCACUGAGACUCACGAGAUAACUGAUUUCUGCAGUUUCUACACACUUCCUUCGUCUAUCCUCGGCAACCAGAAUCAUUCUACUUUGAAAGCAGCUUAUUCUUAUUAUAACGUUGCCACAAGAACUCCUUUGCUCCAAUUAAUGAAUGAUGCUCUUAUUGUGGCUAAACGCAAGGAUUAUGAUGUUUUCAAUGCAUUGGAUGUCAUGCAGAAUGAAUCUUUCUUGAAGGAACUGAAAUUUGGGCCAGGCGAUGGGAAACUGCACUACUAUCUUUACAACUAUCGGAUUAGACACGAAUUGAGGCCAAUCGAGCUUGGGCUGGUGCUCUUAUAAUUGGAACUCAGAAAUUUUGAUUAAGGAUUAAAACUAUUUGCUGGACUUUGAUAAGUUUGAUUGUAAGGUUUUAUCCUUUUUGGGAAUCCGCUUAAUUUAAUUGUGCGAAACAAAAUAAAAAAAAAUAUGGACCUUAUUUUCUUGCUGGAA